CAAACCAUCCGUAAACGAAAUAUAUACAGGUAGACUGUAUUGAAUAUGUCUAUUGAACUUGAGAUUUACAUAAUACUGUAUACGUUUUGGAUGAAACAUUUUAUGAAUAUUUUCAUAACACAACGUUUAAAGGAUUUUAAAGCUUGAAUAUGGAUAUACUUAAAUAUCAUAUUUCUACUGGAUUUUUCUUUAUUUUACUUUCAAUUUUUGUGCCUAACGGAAUGAACGUAAUAGACGCCGCUUGUACUUUGCCUGAAGAUCUGCAAAGUAGCACGUGGGAAUAUAACUACACAGACGUAUCAAACACACAACAGUCAAAAUCUCUCGCCAUCUCAACUACAACGCUACGGGAUUCCGUAAUCAGUUUAGAUGGUCGUGGGACAACGUUGGACGAUUGGACUUGCAUAAAUGGUUUAACCAUCUCUAGCACUGAGGGAGUUGUGGUUUUCAAAAGUGACUCAACCUAUUCCGAUGGACCUUCCAAUAACUACAGGCUGUACCUAUGUAUGAAAUUUACAAAAGUGACCCCAGAUUUAUAUUACUUUUACCUUUUGUCAGAUAUUUAUGAGGACGUAACCCCAAAAGAAAGAACGUUCGGGACAAAGGACAGUCCAUCUAAUGAUGCUCCAAUAUGUAGCACUUUCUGUCAAUACACAGGUACACCACCGAAAAUUCGUACAUUAAGAAAACCAGGUACAAUGGACAGCUUGCCCAGCAGUACACCAUUGUGUGCGUGUGGAAGCUCAUGCAAAAGUAAAGCCUAUUCUAUAGAUUUCAACAAAACUUGGACGAUUGUCUAUGUGGCUGUAGGACUUGUUUUCAAUUUUCAUAUUCGAUAGCUAUGGACAUGAUAGAUAUAAACAAUAG